CAUUCAGAGAUGAAAGUAGAUGGCAAUGAGCUACCGGCUGAUGAGUGCCAGUCUGUGGAGCAGCACGCCAGAGUAGUUUGGAGCCGGGGGAGCAGCAUCUAGCAGAGUAUUCCGCCAGAAGCAGUUCUCCGUAUUCUGUAUUUGCCACUUGUUGGAGUCGUGUCCAAGCAGUGCGCGAAAUCGGAUCGAGCCUUUCCUAUGGACAUGCCGUAAUGCUGUAAUUUGCUUGUGUGAUGCGGGACGACUGUGGACUCUCCAGUCCCUAGUGCACAUUUGCAAGGACGUUCAUUACUUUCCGAUCGGUGGAAGGACAUGGAAGUCAGUCGCUACUGUGAAACCCGAUAAGGAUAGCGGACACGUGUAACGGAAUUCAGACGAGCCCUGAGGCUUUCGCGGAUCCACUUGCAUAUCGACAGUAGUUGGUCAGCUUGGAUAGUGUGUGGUAUAUGUGUACGAGCUGAGGAAACGGUUUCGAGUUAGUCCUGUUGCGGGCGCUGCAGAAAUUGUGGAUAGUGAAGUGUCUAAUCGGCAAAAACAGUAACUUUUAGUGUUCAAUUAGCGGAGGUGUUGAUUUUGGCGGCUGCAAGAGGAUUAAAUAUUUCCCAGCAGGGCAAAGUGUCUACCGAAUUUUCACCUGGAAAGAUUAUUAAUGGUCUUCAAUGAAAAUGCACGUGCGCGAAAAUUUAGCGAUACAAGAACCAGAACCACCAGCUGAAGGUUGGAGAAGGUGGUGUUGCUUUUCUGAGGAUCAUCGGAAAUGUAUCAUCUACGGUAUAGCGUUGGCCACGUGCUUGUGCGUAGCUGUAGGCUUCGCAGUUUAUAAUAUUGCCCUUUGUCCUACCUCGCACGUAAUUCAAACGGUUUGCACUCCACCAAGUAAUGGAACUAGCCGCGAAGAAGGACUUAAUGUCACAGAUGCAAACAGUAGGCAAGAACGCAAAUUAGAUACCGACGUACGGCUUCCACGAUCUGUAGUACCAAUAUCGUAUGACAUCCGCUUAAUCCCAUUCUUAAUCGAAGACAAUUUUACAUUCCAUGGUGAGGUGAAAAUCCGUGCAAAGAUUAUCCAGGAUUGCUUCAAUAUCACUUUACAUGCUGCUGAUUUGGAUAUCCAUAGAGAUGAUAUCGUGGUUCGAUUAAUUGACCCGAAUUCAAAGCUGGAAAGGGUUUUGCAAACCAGCAGACACGAAGUGGAAGAAUCCAAGCAAUUUUUCAUAUUGCAUUUUCAUACCACCCUCCGGAAGGAUUCUGUAUACGAGAUUUCAAUAAAAUACAAAGGAUACUUGCUGGAUUAUCUCCAAGGAUUUUAUAGGAGUUCAUAUGUGGAGAACAAUGAAAAGAGAUGGAUUGCGUCAACACAGUUCCAACCAACCGAUGCCCGCAGAGCGUUUCCGUGUUUUGACGAGCCGGCAAUGAAAGCGAAGUUCAAUAUCACAAUCGGCCGGCCCAAGAAUAUGACAUCGAUUUCGAACAUGCCGAAAGUGGCAGGUGCAUCGAAAGAAAUAUCGUAUCUUCCUGAUUACGUGUGGGACGUGUUCGAGGAGUCCGUUCCAAUGUCGACAUACCUCGUAGCGUUCGUGAUUUCCGAUUUCCAGAACCGCACAAACGGUAAUUUCUCGAUAUGGGCUCGAAAUGAUGGUAUUAGUGCCGCUGAAUACGCUUUGGAAGUUGGGCCUAAGAUUUUAAAAUUCCUUGAGGAGUUCUUCGGGAUCCCAUUCCCAUUACCAAAAAUAGAUAUGAUCGCUUUGCCGGACUUUCACGCUGGAGCUAUGGAAAACUGGGGAUUGAUAACGUUUAGAGAAACAGCGAUGCUUUAUCAACCAGGUGUAUCUGCUUCAGGUAUCAAACAACGCGUAGCAACAGUAGUGGCGCAUGAAUUGGCUCAUCAAUGGUUUGGUAAUCUGGUGACGCCAAGUUGGUGGUCAGACAUUUGGCUCAACGAGGGCUUUGCAAGCUACAUGGAGUACUUGGGCGUAGAUGCAAUUGAACCUCAAUGGACCCCAAUGGACCAAUUUGUCAUAAACGAAUUGCAAAAUGUGUUCACAUUAGACGCCUUAUCAUCAUCGCAUAAGAUCUCAGUGGAGGUAGGCAAUCCCGACGAAAUCAAUGAGAUUUUCGAUCGGAUAUCCUAUGGUAAAGGGGCAACCAUCAUAAGAAUGAUGAGCCAUUUUCUCACCUCUGAUGUCUUUCGCCGUGGGUUGAGGAAUUACUUAACGAAAAUGUCAUACGACUCCGCGGAGCAAGAUCAUUUGUGGCUAUUUUUAACGCAAGAAGCUCAUAAUGCUCGCAUCCUCGAGAAAGCCAUGACUGUCAAGGAGAUAAUGGACACAUGGACACUACAAACAGGUUUCCCCCUCGUUACUAUUACCAGGGAUGCAGAGAAAGGUUCCUUGAUACUUACACAGAAACGGUUUUCAUACGAAGCGCUACCACCCUCUAAUGAGUCGGAUCCCUUAUGGUGGAUCCCACUGACCUACACCACUGCAGAGAAAUUAAAUUUCAAUGAUACUCGUCCCAUGUUCUGGAUGCGAAAAAACCAAACCAUCGAAAUUGAAGAUGUUGACUUAUUCAAAAGUAAUUGGUUUUUAUUCAAUGUUCAGCAAACCGGGUACUAUCGAGUGCAGUAUGACCAGCAGAAUUGGCAAGCUAUCAUAACGCACUUACGUGAUCCGGCACGGUUCAAGCAGAUUGCAGCGGCGAACCGGGCUCAAUUGAUAGACGACUCCUUGAAUUUAGCACGCGCUGGGCUGUUGAGUUAUGAAACUGCUUUAGACAUCACACUAUACUUGGAGCAUGAAGAUGACUAUGUCCCAUGGAAGGCAGCUGUCACGGCGUUGAAUUUUAUUGAUUCAAUGUUCAUAAAAGAAGGAGAAUAUCACUUAUGGCAGCAAUAUCUGAUUCGUCUUUUGAAACCCGCCUAUGAUGAGGUUGGAUUCGAUGAAAAAGGCGACGAUUCGAAUCUAUUGAAUAUUUACAAACGUGUGGAUAUCUUAACAUCAGCUUGCCAUUUGGGUUAUAAAAAUUGUAUUCACACUUGCAACCGGCAAUUUCGUAUAUGGAUGGAUUCUCCCAAUCCUGACACACAGAAUCCGAUUUCACCAAAUCUGAAAAACAUUGUUUACUGUAAUGCCAUCCGGUAUGGAACGGAGGAAGAGUGGGAUUUUGCAUUUGAACGCUUCACCAAAACAAAAGUGUCUAGCGAGAGAGAAUUGAUCCUGUCAGCGCUAGGAUGUUCCCGGGAGGCGUGGGUCUUGAAUAGGUAUUUGAAGCGAGCUUUGAACGAGAGUAGUAUGAUACGAAAACAGGACGUCUUCCGAGUGUUCGCUGCUGUAGCGGGAAAUGUGAUAGGACAACCAAUCGCAUUCAGUUUUGUGAGGCGGCAUUGGCAGGAAAUGAAGAAAUACCUGGGAUCAUCCGUGACCAACCUCAACCUCAUCAUCAAAUAUUCAACGCAAAGGAUGAACUCUCAGUUUGAAUUGGACGAACUUAAACAUUUCAUAGACAAUCACUACAAAGAGGCUGGCCUUUCAAUCCAGCAAGCUGUGGAACGUGUAGAAGUGGAUUUGGCGUGGAUGAAUAAAAAUUAUAAAUCAAUUGUCGAAUGGCUUCGUAAGGAGGUCGGAGAUGGGCAGGACCAGGGGCAGCGACAAUAACGACAACCAUUUAGAAUGUGAACCACUAUAUUAGGAGUGAAUUCAAAAAUAUUAGCUAGAUCCGUCUUGAAAGACUGUCACUCGAAAUUGAGUAUUUUUUACAGAACGAAUUGCACGCUCUUUUACGCCUGUUUUACGCCUUUCAAUUAUCCUGUGGACUAUUGCUUUCUAGAUGUUUAUGUAAGUACUAUUUUUAGCGUUACUGUAAGUCCAUCUUCACACCUUGUCAUUAUAAUUCGGAAACUGCCCAACUGUUACAAGGAAAUCCCUAGGUGUAUUUAUUUUAGUUAGUGUAAUCGUAAAAAUGUAUCUGUGUACAAAGGGAGCAGAAAUGGGAAAAUGCAUCGCAUACGACUUUAGUUUUAUGAACUGUAUAUUCACAGAAAUAUUUUUAUUACUCAACAAUUUCUGGGAUUAUAAAGUACUUGAUUUGUUGGCGGAAGUACUAAAACUCAACGCGAAGUAUUCGAAGAUUGUAGAUUCGAAUGCUACACAUCGAGUUUUAAGGGUUCCUCGUAUGCGGGAUGGAUGUUUCCCCGUUCAAGCUCCCUAUGAAACUAGUUAGGUGCACACUAAGUCACAUAGGUAAUGAAAGGCGAGCCAUCCAAGUGUAUUAUUUUGUUUAAGAUAGAGAUAAAUUCAUAACUUUAAUGUACUUAAGUCACCAUAUACUCUUAUAAAGAUUUUAGUAUACAGCUGAAAAUAAAGUGUUCAUAAAAUACGUGAA